AUGUCUUUCAAUCUUCAUUUCUUUGAUAACAUUUAACAAAACCUACCCCUUCAAAAAACCCUAACCCCUCUUUCACAGAUCGCAGAACAACCACCACCGCCGGCAUCGAUAACAUAACUCACCGGAAAUCUAAAUCAACACCGACUUGAUUCAACAAUGAAAAGAAAAAGAACCUCUCUCCAAUCCUCCCAACAAUUGCCUUCUUCAAUGUCUACAGAUUUUUAUUUACCUGAUGAAUGCUGGGAAUCUGUCUACAAAUUCCUAAUCGACGCCGAUACCGACGCCGACAACAACCGUCACUACUUGAAAAAAAGAAAAAGAACCUCUCUCAAAUCUUCACAACAAUUGGUUUCAUCCACAAAAACAACUAUAGCUACAGAUUUUUAUUUACCAGACGAGUAUUGGGAAUGUAUCUUCAAAUUCCUCAUCGACGACGGCGACAACAACAGUCGCUACUUGAAAACUCUCUCCCUCGUUUCAAAGCAGUUUCUCUCCAUCACUAACCGUCUCCGAUUCUCUCUCACUCUCUAUCAUCCAACACGCUACUUGAAAAAAUUCACCAAUCUCACUUACCUCGACCUCACGUGCUUCUACGGUGACCUAAACAAAAUUCUCCUCAAAAUCUCUCGUUUCCAAUUGAAACUCAAAUCACUCAAUCUCUCCAACCAAUUCACUAUUCCUCAAAACGGAUUGCGAAUUUUCUCCCAAAAUAUUAAAACUUUAACCUCUCUCAUUUGUUCCAACAUGAAUUCUAUCAAUAGCACUGACCUCUUCCUCAUCGCUGAUUGUUUCCCUUUCCUCGAAGAACUCGACCUCAGUAACCCUUCAAACUUCAAAGAUGAUGACAGUGACUGUCUUCACGGGGUAGAAAUUCUUUCAUCCACACUUUUGCAACUCCGCAAUAUUAAUCUCUCUAGUCAUAAUUAUAUCAACAACCAAUCGCUUUUACAAUUGUUUAAAAAUUGUGAGUUUCUUGAAGAAGUUACCAUGUUAAACUGUCGUAACUGCAAUGGCGCAACCAUUGACAUUGCUUCUGUUCUCGGUGAGAGACGAUACUUCAUAUUUAAAUUAUAUCUCGGUGAUGGUAUCUUCAAGGCCAUUAUUGAUAGAGAUUAUGGCUCCUCUAGCAACAGCUAGUUUGUUGAAAAUUGAAUAGCAUGAUUUAAAGUUCAUAAUAUUCUUGUGAUAAAAAAAAUUGAAAAAGUUGUCUUUCAAGUGGCUCCCCUACCUAGAAGAAACUCAGGUUGGAUUAGAUGAUACAUCUUAAACUCUGAUUUGAAGUUCAUUUUGAUUGUAUGUUCUUCUUGCACUUGUCUAAACUUUGUAACAAUAUAAGUUGAUGUUUAACGAGUCUUUGCAGUUAUAAUAUUGCUGGUUAACAGAAAUAAUAUUCUCAUAACAGGGAAUUUAGCCGAAAAACCAGUUAUACAUAUAUUGUAAAUUUAUAUAAUUAUAAAGUUUUAAGUAAAAAAAAGAAAAUAAACAAGUGUUUUGUGGAAGGAUUCUUAGAUAUCCUUUAAUUUUGUAUUACAUUCCAAACUUUUGAAUUGAUUUUAUUUGCAGAUGAUUUCGAUAUAGUCUUUAUCAUUAGGAAUUGGAUCUAAUGUAGUGAUGGGAUUGAGCUGGAUUAAUUUUGAUGGGCUGUUCUAUGUUUUAA